UACGACUUCAAAAAUCCUAAAAUAAGUGACUUUGCCCUUCCUCCCCCUUUCCUCACCCCUUUCAUUUCUUAUUAUUGUUCUCCCCUCUGGAACGCUCGGGGGCAAGGCACACGGGUCUCAUACCAUUCUCCACACAACAAGGGACGUGUUUGCAUUCCGAGUCCUCACGGUAUUCACGCUGUAUCCACUGGGACGGUCUCCUAGAACACCCUUCGUUAUCCCACCCCCCCCACACGGGGUCGCGGCGUGUUGGAAUUCCACUUCGACGCCCUUCUUGCUACUACCCUUGCUCCCCCAUUAAAGGGGUGAUUAUCAUCUCACCCAGUGCUCCGUCUUUCAAACUUUCUCCGACCUUUUGCAUUCUCGCCUCAUGGAGUAGUGGCUAUCUAGAGUGGCCGCACUGCUUCGCGAUAUCGACAACCCCGACACAGCCUGAGGCCCGACAUCAUGGCGCCGCCGUCUGGAAACAACAAUGUACCCUCCAACGUCCCCGAGGACACACCAUCGACGGUCUCCGGUUCGACAGUAGCCCCCAGAUCGGAGAAAGAAUCAGAUCCGCAGCCGUCACCCGCUAACCAAGUCUCCGUGGGUGAGGGGGAUGACCCGCUGUAUGGCCAUCUCAUGGAGGAUGAGAGGAACGUCCUCAAGAAGCAGCUCGAGGCAGAGGAGGCCAAGGUGUCUUUUUUUCUCCUCUACCGCUAUGCGACGAGGAUGGAUAUCUUCAUCAUCGUCGUGAGCUCCAUCUGCGCCAUUGCUGCCGGUAUUGCACUGCCCUUGAUGACCAUCGUUUUUGGCUCGUUGGCUUCGGGGUUUCAGGGAAUCGCCCUAGACUCCAUUUCCUUCAGUGAAUUCAACCACAUGUUGACGCAGAAUGUGUUGUACUUUAUCUAUCUUGGAAUUGGCGAAUUUGCAACGAUAUAUGUCAGCACCGUUGGUUUCAUCUAUACCGGCGAGCAUAUCACCCAGAAGAUUCGGGAACACUACCUCCAGUCCAUUCUGAGACAGAACAUGGCUUAUUUCGACAAGCUGGGUGCCGGCGAGGUGACGACUCGCAUCACCGGCGACACCAAUCUCAUUCAGGAUGGUAUUUCUGAGAAGGUCGGACUCACCCUGACCGCCGUCGCCACCUUCAUCGCCGCGUUCGUUGUCGCCUAUAUCAAGUAUUGGAAACUCGCCCUGAUCUGUUCGUCGACGAUCGUCGCUUUGCUCCUGGUGAUGGGUGGAAGCUCUCGGUUCAUUAUCAAGAACAGCAAGGACGCCCUGGAACACUACGGUGCCGGCGGCACCGUCGCCGAGGAAGUCAUCAGUUCAAUCCGAAAUGCGACCGCCUUUGGCACGCAGGAUAAGCUGGCCCGACAGUACGAGGUGCAUUUGGACGCAGGUCGGAAACCCGGCACCAGAGUGCAAAUCAUCAUUGGCUUGAUGAUUGGGGCGAUGUUUGGUGUCAUGUUUUCCAACUACGGCCUUGGCUUCUGGAUGGGCUCCCGUUUCAUCGUCAGCCAUGAGGUCAACGUCGGCGAGGUUCUCACCGUGUUGAUGUCAAUCUUGAUCGGCUCCUUCAGUCUCGGCAACGUGAGCCCGAAUGGUCAGGCUUUCGCCGGCGCCAUUGCCGCCGCUGCCAAGAUCUACACCACGAUCGACCGUCCCUCCCCGCUGGACCCCUACUCCGACGAGGGGGAGAUUCUGGAGCAUCUGGAGGGCAACAUCGAGCUCCGAAAUGUUAAGCACAUCUAUCCUUCGCGCCCCGAGGUCACAAUUAUGGAAGAUGUGUCCUUGUCUAUCCCGGCCGGGAAGACCACCGCAUUGGUGGGGCCGUCGGGGUCGGGAAAGAGCACGGUAGUCGGCCUGGUCGAACGGUUCUACUUUCCCGUCAGUGGUGCGGUCCUGUUAGAUGGGCACGAUAUUCAGGGCAUCAACCUCCGUUGGUUGCGCCAGCAGGUGUCUCUGGUUAGCCAGGAACCCGUCUUGUUUGGCACCACGAUCUACCAGAACAUCAAGUAUGGCUUGUUCGGCACGAAAUACGAACACGAGUCCGAGGAAAAGGUCAAGGAAUUGAUCGAAGAUGCGGCAAAGAUGGCCAAUGCCCACGACUUCAUCACAGGUCUGCCUGAAGGCUAUGAGACUAAUGUCGGACAGCGAGGCUUCUUGCUCUCUGGUGGUCAGAAGCAGCGGAUUGCCAUUGCCCGCGCCAUAGUCAGUGACCCCAAGAUCCUCUUGCUCGACGAGGCGACCUCUGCCCUGGACACCAAGUCGGAAGGAAUCGUGCAGGCCGCCCUUGACAAAGCUGCCGAGGGCCGGACGACUAUUGUGAUUGCUCACCGUCUGUCAACCAUCAAAGCGGCCCACAACAUCGUUGUCUUGGUCGACGGCAGGAUUGUGGAGCAAGGUAACCACGAUGAACUGGUCGAUCGCCGAGGCACCUAUCAUGAUCUGGUGGAAGCGCAGCGGAUCAACGAGGCGAAAGAUGCCGAAGCCAUCGAUAUUGAGGACGACGAAGACGACGACGAUGAAGAUGAGGAUCAUGUUCCUAAAGCAGGAAACGUGGAGCGCAUCCAAACCGCGGGCAGCUCUGGCUCUAUGUCUGUGGAUCCCGACGACGAAAAGCUUCAGGUCGAGUUGGGCCGCUCCGGAACUCACAAGUCGGUUUCGAGCGCCAUCAUGUCCAAGAGAGAACCCGAGAAGACCAAGAAAUACUCCCUCUGGGGGUUGAUCAAGUUUAUUGCGUCAUUCAACCGUCCUGAGCUCCCGUUCAUGAUCAUCGGCUUGAUCUUUGCGACUCUUGCCGGAGGUGGUCAACCUACCCAGGCAGUCCUGUUCGCCAAGGCCAUUAGCACACUCUCCCUGCCCGAAAGCAUGUUCGACACGCUUCGGCACGAUGCCAACUUUUGGGCCCUCAUGUUCUUUGUGAUUGGGAUCGUCCAGCUCAUCACCCUCUCGAUCAACGGAACAGCAUUCGCGAUUUGCUCGGAGCGCUUGAUUUGUCGGGCCCGCAGCAAGGCGUUCAGGUCGAUUUUGCGGCAAGACAUCUCGUUCUUCGACAAAGAAGAGAACAGCACUGGCGCCUUGACCUCUUUUCUGUCCACGGAGACGAAGCACCUGUCCGGAGUCAGUGGAGCAACUCUGGGAACCAUUCUGAUGACCGGCACGACUCUAACAGCGGCCAUGGCUAUCGCUCUCGCCAUUGGGUGGAAAUUAGCCCUGGUCUGCAUUUCCGUCGUUCCGGUCCUUUUGGCUUGCGGGUUCUAUCGCUUCCACAUGCUGGCUAAAUUCCAGGAGAGAUCCAAGGUGGCCUACGAAGGGUCUGCAAGUUACGCUUGCGAGGCUACCUCGGCCAUCCGCACAGUGGCUUCGCUCACGCGCGAGCACGAUGUCUGGGAUAUCUAUCACGCUCAGUUGGACGCCCAGGGACGGAAGAGCUUGAAGUCCGUGUUAGCCUCCUCCGUGCUUUACGCCGGCUCCCAGGCCCUUGUUUUCUUCUGUACCGCGCUCGGGUUCUGGUACGGCGGUACGCUGCUCGGAAAACACGAAUAUUCCAUCUUCCGCUUCUUCGUGUGCUUCGCCGAGGUCCUCUUCGGCGCGCAAUCCGCAGGAACCGUGUUCUCGUUCUCCCCGGACAUGGGCAAGGCCAAGAACGCCGCCGCCGAGUUCCGCCGCCUCUUCGACCGGAAACCGACCAUCGACACCUGGUCUGAAGAGGGCGAGCAGCUCGAGUCCGUGGAGGGACACAUCGAGUUCAAGGGGGUGCGCUUCCGCUACCCCAAUCGCCCCGAGCAGCCGGUCCUCCGCGGGCUGAACCUGAGUGUGAAGCCGGGGCAGUAUAUCGCGCUUGUCGGGCCCAGCGGUUGCGGAAAGAGCACUACUAUUGCGUUGCUGGAGCGCUUCUACGAUGCUGUGUCUGGUCGUAUCCUCAUCGACGGCAAGGAUAUCACUAAGCUCAAUAUCAACUCGUACCGCAGCUUCCUGGCGCUCGUCAGCCAGGAACCGACCUUGUAUCAGGGAACGGUCAAGGAUAACAUUAUGCUUGGUGUCGAUGCAGAAGAGAUGCCUGAGAAGGCCAUUGUGCAGGCAUGCAAGGACGCUAAUAUUUACGAUUUCAUCAUGUCUCUUCCGGAGGGCUUCAACACAGUGGUCGGAAACAAAGGAGGCAUGCUCUCCGGCGGCCAAAAGCAGCGUAUCGCCAUCGCGCGCGCCCUCCUCCGGGACCCGAAGGUCCUCCUCCUCGACGAAGCCACCUCAGCCCUGGACUCAGAAUCCGAAAAGGUCGUCCAAGCCGCUCUGGACGCCGCCGCCAAGGGCCGCACGACCAUCGCCGUCGCGCACCGGCUCAGCUCGAUCCAGAAAGCCGAUAUCAUCUACGUGUUCGACCAGGGCAAGAUCGUCGAGAGCGGCAACCACCAGGAGCUGAUCCGCAGCAAGGGCCGGUAUUACGAGCUGGUUAACAUGCAGAGUUUGGGCAAGGCCGGUUGAUUGUCGCUUGUGCUAUAUUUCUGAUUGAUUGAUUGCCCUGCGGCUGUUUCGCGUAUUGUAUGCUUAUAUACACUUCCAUCACCCUAUAAUGUUUUUUGGUCAUUGGUUAUUGGGCAGGUUACCAUUUCCGAGUUAUCUAUCCUUUUGAUGCUGUUUUUUGUGAUGUUCUUUCUCCCUUCUCCACUUGGGCUUUGGGAUAAAAAUCUUGUUUAGGAGUUGGUUGUUAUUUGUUGUUAUCUAGAUCUGCUGUGCCAGGCUUUCGGUCGUCCGAUAUUAGGCUUGGGAGAUAUCUUUUUAAUGAAUUCAACGCAUCGUAUUAAUA